UUUUUUGGCUUUAUAAGCCAAAGCACGAAGGAGAAAUCCUCAGAAUUCCAUCCAUCUCAGCGAGAAGUCUUUCACCCUGAGAGAGGAGACGUCUUCCCCGGACACACGCUUGAGUUCCUAAAACCUCUGGCUCCACUGUCCUCUCCAGGUUUUUUUCUGCAGCAAGCCAUGAUUGUCUUUUGUGUUUUCCUUGUUCUUUGCUAUGAUUUGGUCCAAGCUCAGUUCCCACGGGCCUGUGUCACAGAUGAGGCUAUUAAGGGCAGAACCUGUUGCCCAGUUUGGAAGGAUAAGAGCACCUGUGGCUCCAGCUCAGGCCGUGGCGAAUGCUUUAACCGUAUUGUCCCUCAAAUGGAACCUGUGCCUCAAUUUAAUGAUGACCGCCUAGACUGGCCAACGUAUUACUUUGACCAAGCCUGCAAGUGCUCUGAAAACUACAGCGGCUACGACUGCGGUGAAUGUAAGUACGGGUAUUUCGGAGAAAAAUGUGAUCGCAAAAUCACCAUAGUGCGGAAGGAAAUUCGAGAACUUUCUUUGCUCGAAAGGAAAAGAUUUUUCAGCUACUUGGCGCUGGCCAAAAUCACAAAAAGUCAGGACUUUGUCAUCUUAUACACCGGAGACCGUCUGCACAAAAACACUUACCGCUUUGUUGAUGCCGCCAUCUAUGAUGUGUUUGCCUGGAUCCAUUACUACUCUAUAAAGCCUAUUCUAAUGUGGGGUACCUUUAAUGAUACCACAAACUACGCCCAUAAAGGUCCAGCUUUUCCCGGUUGGCAUCGUCUGGGCCUCCUCUUCCUGGAGAGACAAAUUCAGCUCAUGACGGGGGAUGAAAAUUUUGCCCUUCCUUAUUGGGACUGGAGAGGAGAAGGAAACAAAUGCUCAAUCUGCAACGAUGACUUCGUCGGGGGUAAUGACGAACAAGGGUUUCUCAGUCCAUACUCAUAUUUUGCUUUUUGGAAGUCUAUGUGCAGCGGGUACAACUAUAUUGAUUCUUACUGCCUGGGUGCUGAUGACUUCAAUCAGUUGGAAAGACUGCACAGGAAGCCUGGCACUAAUCCUCACGCCCCUAGCCUACCCACCUUCGAAGAUGUAGAGGAAACUUUGAAAUGGAAAGACUUUGACACCCCUCCCUACAACAGAAAGGCACAAAAGAGCUUCCGUAAUGCCUUAGAAGGUUUUAUAAAUCCAAAAGAUGGGAUAACGCCACAGGUUACCAUGCAUAACCUCAUCCAUGACUUCCUCGGUGGGACGAUGGGCGAGUCUACGAUCUCCAGCAAUGAUCCUAUAUUUGUACUGCACCAUUGUUUUCUUGACAAGAUAUAUGAGGAAUGGCUUCACAGACACAAUGCAACUUCAGAUGUGUACCCUAAAAAUGAUCAACCAGGUCAAGGUCCAAAAGAGUGCGCUACUCCGUACUUCCCGUGUUACAGUAAUGAACACUUAUUGCACAGAGCAGAGGCAUUUGGAUACAAAUACUCUACAUACAAGGGGAUGUAAUAUUACAUUGCAGCAAGUCUCAUCAGAUUGAGGUCUGUCUUUGGUGGGAUGGAAAACCUCUUAAAAUGACUGCUUGGUCUGAGGACAUCAGCAAGCUCUCAUAACAAAUCUGUCCAAUCAUCUCACUUGAUCCUGAUGCUAAUUUUCCAGAUUAACUAUGUAAACCAUAAUGCCAUCGAAUUGAAAAAAAAAAUAAAAAAUAAUUGCCUUCA